CGAAAGAAGAGAAAUAGAGCAGUAGCGAAGUGGUAGAUUUUAUUCCUUUCUUUUCAGCUUUUUAGUACGAGUUUUCACUUGCUUGCGAACUCUUAUUUGAACAACAAAAACAAAAGCGAAAGCAAACACCCCGUCAUCAAUAACAAUAAGACCCGAUUCACUAACUGGGUCUUGUCCAGAUCUUGUAUUAGAACCUCACUUCAUUUUAACUUGUUGCUACAGUUUCAGGGUCAGGGUAUACAGCAUUUGUUCUCUAGAACUCUCAAUUUUCAGGGUUUCUGGCUUCUGGGUUUUUGAGAAGUUGGGGACUGCCUUCUGCUUUAGGUCUAUUAUCGGUGCAGUUAUGGAUUCCCCUCAAUCUGUUGUGUCACCAUUCAAGACCUCUGUUGGCUUUGAGACAGAGAAGCAGAAGUAUGAUUAUCCAGUUCAGAGCACUGGCAGCUUCUCCAAGGGAAUUGAGAUCCACAGAAACGAUGCUGUGGUUGGCAAUCUCGAAGAUUUUGUUGGUGUAGUUGAGGUUUACAUACACCAGGCUAGGGACAUCCAAAACAUAUGCAUUUACCACAAGCAAGAUGUUUAUGCAAAGUUUUGCCUGACUAGCGAUCCCGAGCACACUGUCUCCACCAAAAUCAUCAAUGGUGGUGGGAGGAAUCCAGUCUUCAAUGACAGUCUGCGGCUCAAUGUUAAGACUGUUGAUUCCUCCCUUAAAUGUGAGGUAUUCAUGAUGAGCAGGGUGAGGAAUUAUCUGGAGGAUCAGCUGUUAGGUUUCGCUCUGGUGCCUUUGUCCGAAGUACUAAUCAAUAAUGGGAAUUUGGACAAAGAGUUCUCUCUUUCUUCAACUGAUUUGUUCUACUCUCCCGCGGGGUUUGUUCAACUAUCUCUAUCAUACAGUGGAGCUUCACCAGAGGUAAUGGCGAUUCCAGCAAUACCCACUGCUUUAGCUGCAAAUGGAACUAUUCAGGAUUCAGAGAUACAGGAAUCACUUCCUUGUGAAUUCGAUAAGAUUGAGUUCCCGGAUCCAAAGGUUGUGAAUGAAAACCAGAUGAUGGUCUCUGAGUAUUUUGGAAUUCCAUGUUCCAGUCUGGAUUCUGAAGCCUCUGAGAGCUUGGCCACCUCUGAUACUGAAAAUUAUCUCAGUUCAGAAAAUGGAGUUCAUGUCGUGGAAAGCUUCUCAGCUGCCACUUCCGAUUCAAUUCAAGUUCCGAAGCUUGGCUCUCCUCCAAGCAGUGUGUCAACUAACGGUGUUUCUUCUCCUUCUGUUGAUGCAAGUUCAGAAACCUCUGACAGCCCAGCAGCUUCUAAAACACCGAAUCUGGACCAUGUCUCAGACCGUAAAGAGAGAGAGAGUACAAAUGUCAGAGAUGGUGAGACUGAUUCCUCUGGUGGAGCAUCAAAUGAGAAAAUUGCCAAACCUGUUAUUACAGUAAACAUUGAGCCGGAAACAAAUAUGGUUCAGCAGGACAUAGUAGACAUGUACAUGAAAAGCAUGCAACAAUUCACAGAGUCACUGGCCAAGAUGAAGCUUCCUUUGGACAUUGAAAGUGGACCAACUAGUUCAGGAAGUUCGAGCUCUGAUAAGAAUGUGCAGGCAUCAAAGAACACUGGUUCCCGUGUGUUUUAUGGGAGUAGAGCUUUCUUCUGAGCUUUGAGUUUUCUAUUUCAGAGGAAAACACACAGGUGACUUUGACUUUAGCUUGGUGACUAAACUAAUAGUGAAGUGUAAUAAUGUAUCAUGUAGUGUGUUGUUUCCUUCUGUAUGUUGAGAGACGGGGAAAUCAUGACUUGUACGUGUUAUCAGCUUUGUUUCAUAACAACUGCUGUUAUACAUGAAAAUUCCCUCUUUCGUUGUUACUUUCCUCUAUGUUUAUUCAAGUUUUAAUAAUUAUGAAAUUGAUUUUCAUCUAA